AUGGCCCCGCCCGUCACGGUGCUGAUGGUGGCGGAGAAGCCGUCGCUGGCCAAGAGCAUCGCCGAGUUCCUGUCCGGCGGUCGCAUGUCGUCCCGCCACACCAACCUGGAUGUGCACACCUUUGACGCCACCUUCCGCGGCCGGCCCGCCCAGUUCAAAAUGACGUCCGUCAUCGGCCACGUCCUCAGCAUCGAUUUCCCAGCCGAGUACCAGUCGUGGGACAAGACCGACCCGGGCACGCUCUUCGACGCCCCCACCAUCAAGUGCGAGGCCAACCCCAAGGCGCGGGUGUGCCGCCACCUGCAGGGCGAGGCCAAGGGCGCAGACUAUCUGGUGCUGUGGCUGGACUGCGACCGAGAGGGCGAGAACAUCUGCUUCGAAGUGAUGGACAACACGGUGCGGUGGAUGAACCGCGUGGCCGACCAGCAGGUAUACCGCGCCCGCUUCUCAGCCAUCAGCGCUCCCGAGAUCCGGCAGGCCAUGGCUUCGCUGGUGGAGCCGAAUAGGGCAGAGGCGCUGGCGGUGGAUGCACGGCAGGAGCUGGACCUAAAAGUGGGGGUGGCCUUCACCAGAGGGUGCAGGUUCCAGUCCCGCUUCUUCCAGGCCAAGUACGGCAACCUGGACAGCGCAGUCAUCUCCUACGGCCCCUGCCAGACCCCCACCCUCAACUUCUGCGUCGAGCGCCACCAGGCCAUCGUCAGCUUCCAGCCGGAGCCCUUCUGGGUGGUGCGGCCGCGGGCCUCCCAGGCGGGACACGCGCUCAACCUGGAGUGGGGGCGGGGGCGGGUGUUUGAUGGGGAGGUGGGCGCCGUGUUCCAGCGGCUGGUGCACGAGGCCAAGCAGGUGUCCAUGAUCCUCACCCCCGUCGACCCUCGGGACCCUCCUUGCCUCUGUGCAGUCGAGCUGCUCAAGACGGCCAGCUCAUCGCUGGGCAUUGGCCCUGCGUAUGCCAUGCAGGUGGCGGAGCGGCUGUACACGCAGGGAUACCUGUCGUACCCGCGGACAGAGAGCACCGCCUACCCACCCAACUUCGACUUCCACACCCUGCUGGCGGCGCAGCGGGCGCACCCAGUGUGGGGCGAGUACGCAGCCUCGCUCAUGGGCGCCUUUGCUGCCCCAAAGGGCGGCGUGGAUGUGGGCGACCACCCGCCCAUCACGCCGGUGAGGUGCGCCAGCGAGGCGGAGCUGGGCGGCGGCGACACCUGGCGCCUGUACGACUUUGUGGCCCGCCACUUCCUGGGCUCGCUGUCCCCGGACUGCGUGGUGCGCAAGACCAGGGCCAGCCUGGCGGCGGGCACCGAGAGCUUCGCCGCCAGCGGCACCCUGGUGCUGCGCCCGGGCUAUGCAGCCAUCAUGCCGUGGAAGGCGGUGCAGAACGAGCCGCUGCCGCCCAUGAAGGCGGGGGACACCAUCCCCAUGUCAGAGGUUGAGCUGCACCAGGGCAAGACCAGCCCCCCCGACUACCUCACAGAGGCGGAGCUGAUUGAGCGCAUGGAGAAGCACGGCAUCGGCACAGAUGCGUCCAUCCCGACCCACAUCAACAACAUUUGCGAGCGCAACUAUGUGUCCAUCCAGUCGGGGCGGCGGGUGGUGCCCACUGAGCUGGGCAUCACGCUGGUCAGGGGCUACCAGCUGAUCGACCCGGAGCUGUGCCGGCCCCAGGUGCGGGCCCACGUGGAGCACCAGCUGGACCUGGUGGCCAAGGGGCAGGCGGACAAGGAGGCCGUGGUGGCGCACUGCCUGGAGGAGUUCAGGCAGAAGUUUGCCUUCUUCGUGGCGCACAUACAGCGCAUGGACGCCCUGUUUGAGGCCUCCUUCUCCCCACUGGCCAGCAGCGGCAAGGUGCUGAGCAAGUGCGGGAAGUGCAACCGCUUCAUGCGCCUCAUCGCCUCGCGGCCGUCCCGCCUGUACUGCGGCACCUGCGAGGAAGUCUACUCCAUGCCGCAGGGCGGCGCCAUCAAGCUGUACAAGGAGCUGUCCUGCCCGCUGGACGGCUUCCAGCUGCUGCUCUUCUCGCUUGGCGGCGCCGACGGAAAGAACACGGUGCUGUGCCCCUACUGCUACAACCAUCCGCCCUUCCUUGAAGGGGUGGAGCAGGGAGGCAGGGCGGGCAUGCCGUGCAGCCAGUGCGCGCACCCGGCCUGCCGACACUCGCCGGCGCGCAUGGGCGUGGCCGCCUGCCCUGCCUGCGAGGGGGAGCAGCAGCAGGGCAUGCUGGUGCUGGACCCCGUGGGGUCGCCCUCCUGGCGCCUCGACUGCAGCAGGUGCUCCUUCCUGAUCGUCCUUCCCAAGAACCUUCACAGUGCCAAGGUGGCAGCAGACAGCUGCGAGGAGUGCGGCGCCCAGCUGUUGGAUGUGGACUGGAAGAAAGGGCACUCGCCGCUGGCUGGUGGCGCAACGCAGUACACAGGCUGCGUUGUCUGCGACGAGCUGCUGGCCGCGCUGUGCGAGGUGAAGCACGCCAAGGCAGUUGUGAAGCGGGCAGGCGGGCGCGGCGGCAGGGGGCGUGGGCGAGGGCGGGGCAGGGGUCGCGGAAGGGGCAGGAGCAGGGGGGACCCCCGCAUGUCGUUCCGAGACUUUUGA